GAUACCGCUGUGUGGCGCUGGGACAGUACCAACCCGCAGCUAGAUCUAAUAAAACAAACCCAGUGUUAGGCGCGCUCGAACACACGCACACGCACAGUGGCGGACAAACAAAAACAACCAGCUGCCCGCAGCCACCAUCUCUCGUCUAGUUGGCCGUUGCAAUUAGAACGCGUCGUGUGACGCGUACUGCUUUGCUGUGGUGGGGCGACCACGACAGAGAGAAAGAGACAGCGAGCGCGUGCCCGAAAGCAUCACAAGAUCGCGAUCGAUUGCUCGGUUAGCCCGAAAGCGAUCCGGCCGUUGUGGUGCCGCACCGCGCUGUGCUGCUUUGAUUCAGUCGUUCAGUGACACUCGACCGGAAGACUCUACACCCGAUCAGCAAGCUCCACGCUCGAUCGGGCGCCGUUGCCGUCCUUGAACUUUAAAAGUAUCCGCAAAACCAACUAAAGCGCGACUACCGGACCAUCAGGGUCACCGGGGAGUUGUGUGAAGAGAGAGAGAGAGAGAGAGAGAGAGAGGCAGUGCGUACCGGAGGGUGAAAGUAAGUGUGUGGAAGCGUGUAGAACCGUAGGCAGGCAGAUUUGGCGAAUUCCGUGCUGCUCGACCACCGCUGUCAGGUGAUUGAUUUUUCAAACAGGCUUUGUGUGCAAACGAUCGCAAGCGCAAGGCAGUCACGUGAUAGGUAUCACGAGUUGUUCUGCCUGUUCGAUCUCAUGCUCCUCUCGACACAGUCGGUGAGGCGAGGAACACCGCUUUCGGGGGUCGUUUAGAGCAGCUAUCGGUGCCUCGUUUUUUGUUAGCUCGUUAAACUAAUUGGUGAACAAUUACUUUCACUGGCUCGUUUUUGUGUUGGCCCUCCCGGGCAGCUUGAUUUCAGCUUGUAGGAGAACCCCCCAGCCCCCGCCACCACCAUGGCGAUGAUGUUCCGGAGCGAGGAGAUGGCCCUGUGCCAGAUGUUUAUUCAACCGGAAGCGGCCUACACGUCCGUCUCCGAGCUGGGUGAAACGGGCGCCGUCCAGUUUCGUGACCUGAACGCCGACGUGAACGCGUUCCAGCGCAAGUUUGUCAGCGAGGUGCGCCGCUGCGACGAGAUGGAGCGCAAGCUGCGCUACGUCGAGGGCGAGGUGAAGAAGGACAGCGUGCAGAUCCCGGAGUGCUCGGUGGACGAUUGGCCGCGGGCGCCGAACCCGCGCGAAAUCAUCGACCUCGAGGCGCGGCUCGAGAAGACGGAGAACGAAAUACUGGAGCUGUCGCAGAACGCGGUCAACCUGAAGUCGAACUAUCUUGAGCUGACCGAGCUGAAGCACGUGCUCGAGCGGACGCAAUCGUUCUUCUUCGAGCAGGAGGUGAUCGUGAGCACGGACGCGGCGAAGAGCAACCUGAUCGCGGAGGACCCGACCGCGGCCCAGAGCCGUGGGCGGUUGGGUUUCGUGGCGGGCGUCAUCCAGCGCGAAAAGAUGCCCGGUUUCGAGCGGAUGCUGUGGCGCAUCUCGCGCGGUAACAUCUUUCUGCGCCAGGUCGAGCUGGAGGAACCGUUGGAAGAUCCGGCCACGGGCAAUGAAAUCUUCAAAACCGUGUUCGUGGCGUUCUUCCAAGGUGAGCAGCUGAAGGCGCGCAUCAAGAAGGUGUGCACCGGGUACCACGUGUCGCUGUACCCGUGCCCCAGCUCGGGCUCGGAGCGCACCGACAUGGUGAAGGGCGUCUGCACCCGGCUCGAGGACCUGCGGAUGGUGCUGAACCAAACGCAGGACCACCGGGCGAUCGUGCUGGCCAGCGUGGCGAAGGAGCUGUUCAGCUGGCGCAUCAUGGUGAAGAAGAUGAAGGCGAUCUACCACACGCUCAACCUGUUCAACAUGGACGUCACGAAGAAGUGUCUGAUCGGGGAGUGCUGGGUGCCGGUGCCGGACCUGCCCAAGGUGCAGAAAGCGCUCUCCGAUGGGUCGGCUGCGGUGGGCAGCACCAUCCCGUCCUUCCUGAACGUGAUCGACACGAACGAAGCACCGCCGACGUACAAUCGGACGAACAAGUUUACGCGCGGCUUCCAGAAUCUGAUCGACGCGUACGGUAUCGCCUCGUACCGGGAGGCAAAUCCGGCCCUGUACACGAUCAUCACCUUCCCGUUCCUGUUCGGUAUUAUGUUCGGUGAUCUGGGGCACGGUAUGAUCAUGGCGCUGUUCGGCCUGUGGAUGGUAACGGGCGAGAAGAAGCUCGGUGCGAAGAAGUCGACCAACGAAAUUUGGAACAUUUUCUUCGGCGGACGGUACAUCAUCCUGCUGAUGGGACUGUUCUCCAUGUACACCGGGUUCGUGUACAACGACAUCUUCUCCAAGUCGAUGAACAUCUUCGGUUCGGCCUGGAGCAUCAACUACAACACGUCCACGGUGAUGACGAACAAGGAUCUUACGCUCAACCCGGGCUCCACGGAUUACGACACCGAGAUCUACCCGAUCGGGCUGGAUCCGGUGUGGCAGCUCGCUUCGAACAAGAUCAUCUUCCUCAACUCGUACAAGAUGAAGCUGUCCAUCAUCUUCGGCGUGGUGCACAUGAUCUUCGGCGUGUGCAUGAGCGUGGUCAACCAUAACUUCUUCAAGAAGCGCAUCAGCAUCGUGCUCGAGUUUCUGCCGCAAAUCAUCUUCCUGGUGCUGCUGUUCGCCUACAUGGUGUUCAUGAUGUUCAUGAAGUGGAUCGCUUACACGGCCAAAACCGACUACCAGCCCCGCACGCCCGGCUGCGCCCCGUCCGUGCUGAUUAUGUUCAUCAACAUGAUGCUGUUUAAAAACUCCGAACCCUUCCACGGCUGCGACGAGUUCAUGUUCGAGGGCCAGAACGAGCUGCAGCGCACGUUCGUGUUCAUUGCGCUGCUCUGCAUUCCCUGGAUGCUGCUCGGCAAGCCGUUCUAUUUGAUGUUCAAGCGCAAGAACGCUUCGCCGACACCCAUCCCGAACAAUGGCGACGUUCACCAGGCCGGUGACUCGAACCACACUUCCUCCAGCCCGAAACCGCACGAUUCGCACGACGAUGAGCCGAUGGCGGAAAUCUUCAUCCAUCAGGCCAUUCACACGAUCGAGUACGUGCUCAGCACCGUGUCGCACACUGCGUCCUACCUGCGUCUGUGGGCUCUGUCCCUUGCCCAUGCCCAACUGUCCGAGGUGCUGUGGAACAUGGUGCUGUCGAUGGGGCUGAAGCAAACCUCCUACAAGGGUGCCAUCAUGCUGUACUUUGUCUUUGGCGCCUGGUCCCUGUUUACGCUCGCCAUUCUCGUCAUGAUGGAAGGACUGUCCGCCUUCCUGCAUACGCUUCGUUUGCACUGGGUCGAGUUCAUGAGCAAGUUUUACGAAGGCUUGGGCUACGGUUUCCAACCAUUCUCGUUCAAGCUGAUCAUCGACAGCGAUGACGACUUGGAGUAGUGGAGUGGCCGACCUAUCCGUCCUACAACUUUAUUAAAUGGAAAAAAAAUGAUGAUUAAUACACCCUUGUAGUAUUGGAGGGUAUGCACGGUUCUGUACGGUUCUCGCCCGGUUCCGUCGAUUCAUACCCCAAGCAAAAUUAGCGGUGGUAGUAGUAGUAGUAGUAGUGCAAUCGUAAAUGCAAGUACUAUCUGCACGGCAUAACUGCA